AAAAAUUUACAAUUUGAAAAAUUAAUACAAAACGUGUUGUUGAGAAAGGUCAGUGAGCUCGGUCUAUGAUGCGUAGAUGACGUGUAAACCAAAAACAAAUAUGGCUAGUGGCAAACAAGAAGGAACGUCAGUUCAAUUGUAUUCAGUGUCGUCUGAACCCAAUAAUAUUGACUCUUUAAAUUCAAAUAGACCACUAGAAGAUGAGUUUAUGUUUCGAUCGUCCUCUCCCGACUCCAAUGUUGAUUAUUCAGGAAAUAUGGCUCCGCCAAGUGGCGUCAAAGUUGACGAUUCAAAUGCGUACAACUUAGGUCAAAUUUUUAACAAAAAGAGGUUUGCCUGGCUUUUGGAAGUGGAUGACACUGGUGACGAUCUUGAUAUGGAAAAACCUUUGCUCGAAGAACUUGACAUUGAUGUUGAUGAUAUUUAUUACAAAGUUCGAUGUGUUCUUUUCCCUCUACCUUCCCUUGGCUUCAAGAAAGAUGUUUUGAGGGAAAAUCCUGAUUUUUGGGGACCUUUGUUUGUUGUACUAUUAUAUGCAUUGUUGGCUUUGUAUGGUCAGUUUAGGGUUGUAUCUUGGAUAAUUACAAUUUGGGUGUUUGGGUCGUUGCUUAUUUUUCUCUUGGCCAGGGUACUUGGAGGCGAGGUUACUUUUUCACAAUGUCUUGGAGUUCUUGGUUAUUCUGUUUUACCAUUAAUAGUGACAUCAUUAGCAUUGAUUGUUCUCCAUGGUAUUCCCAUACUCAAUACUGCAAUCAAGUUUCUUGGCGUCAUUUGGGCAUCUUAUAGUGCUGGUUCAUUGUUGGUACAAGAAGAACUGAAAAAUAAAAAACCUCUUUUGUUAUAUCCAAUAUUUCUUCUGUAUAUUUAUUUUUUUUCUUUAUAUACUGGAGUAUGAAUGUGCUGCUGCACACCAAGAUGAUUCUUUGCAUAUUUUGUUGAGACAAGUUAUGCUAAUGAAGAUGGAAGAGAUGAUACAAAUUUCAAGCUCCUUCCAUUAUGAACAAGACCAUAUUUGAUAAAAUAUAUAUGUACACAAUAAUAUAAUGUAGAAUUGUAAUUGUAUAUCACAUAUAAAUCGUACGGUAUUUUCUGAGCGAUGUUUAUAAUGUAAAUUAUGUAAUGUAAAAAGAAUUUUAAAUAGUUAUUAAAUCCUACUUACCUGCGAAUGGGCAAACACAGAUUGAUUUUUGAAUAUUUUUUAUUUACAGUACGUAAAAGACGAUUGAAAGAUUUUAGAGUCAUGUCUAUAAAUUCAGGCCAGUUUUUCAAUGACUUUGGCUCAUCUUUUCAUACAGUCCCACAUUCUCCAUUUAUUCUAAAAGCAGUUGUUUCAUCUCCUGUCGCUAUUGUGCCAGAGUUAGAAGCCAACCAAACCAAAGCAGUUCAAAGUACAAAGUGCAUUGUACGACAUUCAAAAUUAGUUAAGAUUUCCGAAACUUCUUCACCAGCCACACCUUGCAGAGUACCAUCGUUAUCUCCAAAAAAUACAAAAAAUACCCCUCAACUGUCUAUUGAGCAACAAGUUCCUAGCCUUACUCCAAAACUUGGAAAAAAUACUUCACAAAAUGUCACACCCUUCAAUCUUUUUGCUGAUGAUGGUGAUAUAUUUGUCUGAAGUCUGUCCAUGCUAAUGGUGUGUGGACAAACCGUUCAUUUUUGAAAUGUGUUAUUCUUCUAUAUUUGCCAGUUGUAUGUUGUGUUCAUUGUAAAUGCAAAAAUAUAUAUUUUACUGCACA